AGACUCAGAGACUCAACCCGAUAGCAGUAGUAAUUGAACGACAAUGUUCUCAAGACUACAGGUUGCCAGGUACGGACGUUAUCUUAAAGAAAGGACAGCAUGUUACCGUGCCUGUCUGGAGUCUUCAAAAUGACCCUCGCUAUUGGACCAACCCAGACCAGUUCCUCCCAGACCGAUUCUUGCCCGAGAACAAUCACAAUGUGAUCAGCGGCACCUACCUUCCCUUCGGUCUUGGACCCAGAAACUGCAUCGGAAUGAGGUUCGCCUUCAUGGAGGCCAAGUUGGCAUUGGCUAAGGUGAUCUUGAAGUUUGAGAUGUCUCUGGCGCCUGGCCAUGAAGAAUUGAAAUUGUCCGUGGUGGCCAUGAAACCCACAGAUGACAUCAUGCUCGUGUUCAAGUCACUCGAAGACGAACAAUAAGUCACCUUAUUUUGACUUUCCAUUGUGACCCUGACUUGGCUCAGAUAUAACCAAAUUUUCUAUGAAAACCCAAACUUUUAUUGAAACAAGUUAGCUUUUUCAUAUAUCAUCUUGAAUACAUAAUUCAAUCAAUCAGAGUACCGUCCUGAUAUCUGAGGGUUGGCCCAAGAACGUUUAAAGUGGAGUACUUCCGCUCUAAACGUUUUCGGGCUGUUUUUUACCGAUCCUCCAAGAUUUUGUAUCUCUCUGGGGACCCAGUUUUUAAUUUCAUUCAUCCAUCUCAGUCUCUGCCUUCCCCUGGCCCUCCUACCUUCAACUUUGCCCAUUAAUAUCUCUGUUAUUAUCCCUUCGUCCAUAAUUAUAUAACCAAAAUAUCCCAUUUUUCUUUUUCUGUACAUUUCAAUUAUUUCUCUUGAAGUUUUUGCGAAUCUUAGUACUUCUUCAUUUGUUUUCCUGUCUGUGUAGCUUCUUCAUAGUAUUACCCUAUAACACCACAUUUCAAAGACCCCCAACUCUCUUGCUGGUGUCUGCCGAAGGUGUCCACACUUCUGACCCAUACGUCAGUCGUUACCAUAUAAAAUCUUUCAGCAGUCGUUUUCUCAAUUUGAAGUUAAUGUGCCUUUUCAUUGCGUAGAUUAAACUUGACCUCUCACCAGAAAAAAUACCACUAAUUUUUGCCCUAUUUUGACCUUCUGUGACCUUAACCUUAGCCCAGUUAAAACUAAAAUAAAUAACUUUUCUUUAAUCUCUAGUUCCAUAAAUGCGCUGAGUUUCGCUGCAGUUGGUUUGAUUCAGUUAAAUACAUACGUUGAUAGAUUCCUUACCACUAUUACAUUCAUUAUACCACCUGUUCCUAGUAUCAUCAGGGAUCAACAUUAUACUUAGCUGUCGUUCCUAAAUUUGUCAUUGUUACUUCUGUGGUAUAUGAAGUAAGGAUCUACAGUAGUCUCUUAUUAUUCUAUUUUUACCCCAUAUAUACAAUUUAUUCUAUUUUACCCCAUUUAUACGAUUUAUUCUUUUUUUACCCCAUUUAUACGAU